GUCCUGGCUUCUUGGUCCCUCCUCUGACUCCACUCUGACCCCAUCCAGCUUAGCCUGACCUCUGUAUAAUGAUGGGCCGCACUGGAUCAGCCGCCACUCGCUGUGUUUCUCUUUUUCUUUCUUUUUUCUUUCUCCUCCUGCUUCUUGUUGGUCUCGGCGCCCGAUGGCCAACCACUCAGCUCAGCUCCCCUUGCGAGAUCAAAAAAGGGCUUUUUGCCCCGACAAUGACCCAUACCAUCCAUAUCUCCAUUUGUCUGCGUGGCGGCCCAAUUGAUUGCACUGCAGCUGUGUAGAUUCGCGGGGUGCAAUGCGGAUGAAUCAAUACAACCAGAUUCAGCUCUCUUUUUUGAUAUUGAUUACAGGAAUAGUAGAGGGGAGACACUGAAGUAUAUUAUUUUUCUAUAGAUACCGCCCCCCACCCGCUGUUGUGCGUAAUCUAUAAAAAUGGAAAAGACGUACAAAUGGACACCAUUCGCUAUCGACUGCCUUCGACAAUGAGCGCAUAUUUUGAACCCUAUAUGAACCAUAUUUUGUUUGUUGUGGUCGGGGUAAACACCCUCGACCUCAACGCUGCCCUUCUUCUUCUAUCGCAGCUGGACAGCAGCGAUGGAAGAACAAUACAAAAGAAAAGAAAGGGCGCGGGGGAGAUAUAGCGCAGCGGAUACGCUGAGAGAGUGUGUG